GGCCCCAGGCCCCUCCCAGGCUCUGAGUCUCCCCGACUGCAGGCGGAUGGAUGGGGCUUCUUCAGGCGGUGGCGGCAGCAGCGAGGGUGGCGGCGGCAGCGGCGGCAGCGGCUAUGGUGUGGUGGCUCGAUUCUCCCAGUGCCUGGCUGAGUUACGGACGUGGUUAAGAACCAACUGGUUGAGGUUCAAUGCAGACAAGACGGAUGUGAUGCUGUGUAUGAGAACUGCUGAUGGGCCAAUAAUUUCCAGCAUUUGGAAAAUGUGCAUCAGAUGUUUAUGUUUAAUUGGUUUACAGACUGUCUGUGGACUCUUUUCCUGUCAAAUUACCAGCCAUCUGUUGAGUCUUCAAGUCCAGAAAUGGAUGAAAUGUUUGACUGCCCAUGAAAGUACAGGAGGUUCAGCAACAUCAGAUGACCAUGAAUUUGAUCCAUCAGCUGACAUGCUCGUUCAUGAUUUUGAUGAUGAACGAACAUUAGAAGAGGAAGAGAUGAUGGAAGGAGAAACAAACUUCAGUUCUGAAAUAGAAGACCUUGCAAGGGAAGGCGACAUGCCAAUUCAUGAACUUCUCAGUCUUUAUGGUUAUGAUAGUACUGUUAGACUACCUGAAGAAGAUGAGGAGGAAGAAGAAGAGGAGGAAGAAGUUGAAGAUGAUGAAGAUGCUGAUAAUGAUGACAACAGUGGCUGUAGUGCCGAAAAUAAAGAGGAGAAUGUAAAGGAUUCAUCAGGUCAAGAGGAUGAAACUCAGUCUUCCAACGAUGAUCCCUCACAAUCUGUUGCUUCUCAAGAUGCCCAGGAAAUAAUCCGCCCACGCCGAUGUAAAUAUUUUGAUACAAAUAGUGAAAUAGAAGAAGAAUCUGAAGAAGAUGAAGAUUAUAUUCCAUCAGAAGACUGGAAAAAGGAGAUUAUGGUGGGCUCCAUGUUUCAAGCAGAGAUUCCAGUUGGCAUUUGUAGAUACAAAGAAAAUGAAAAAGUAUAUGAAAAUGAUGAUCAGCUCCUGUGGGACCCUGAGUAUUUACCAGAAGACAAAGUGAUUGCAUUUCUUAAGGAUGCAUCUAGAAGAACAGGUGAUGAGAAAGGUGUGGAAGCAAUUCCUGAAGGAUCUCAUAUAAAAGACAAUGAACAGGCUUUAUAUGAAUUGGUAAAAUGCAAUUUUGAUACAGAAGAAGCAUUGAGAAGAUUACGAUUUAAUGUAAAAGCAGCUAGAGAGGAAUUAUCUGUUUGGACAGAGGAAGAAUGUAGAAAUUUUGAACAAGGGUUGAAGGCCUAUGGAAAGGAUUUUCAUUUGAUUCAGGCUAAUAAAGUCCGAACAAGGUCAGUUGGUGAAUGUGUAGCAUUCUAUUACAUGUGGAAAAAAUCCGAACGUUAUGAUUUCUUUGCUCAGCAAACGCGAUUUGGAAAAAAGAAAUACAAUCUUCAUCCUGGUGUAACGGAUUACAUGGAUCGUCUUCUAGAUGAAAGUGAAAGUGCUGCUUCUAGUCGAGCACCAUCCCCUCCCCCAACCGCCUCAAACAGUAGUAACAGCCAGUCUGAGAAAGAAGAUGGCACCAUAAGCAAUGGUAAUCAAAAUGGAGUACCAUCAUCUAAUGGACCAGGAGAAAUAUUAAACAAAGAAGAUGUAAAAGUUGAAGGAUUACAUGUUAAUGGACCAACCAGUGGAAAUAAGAAACCACUUCAUGCAGAUAUGGAUACUAAUGGUUAUGAAAUGGAUAACCUUACCAUUGACCCAAAACUUGCCCAUAUGACUGCAAGAAAUGAAAAUGAUUUAGAUGAAAAAAGUGAGAGACCUGCUAAAAGGCGAAGGGUAAACAGCAAUGGAAAAGAAAGUCCGGGUUCUUCUGAAUUUUUCCAAGAAGCAAUCUCACAUGGAAAAUUUGAGGAACUUGAAAACAUAGAUGACUAAAUUUUAGACCCAUUUUACUUUCUUUGGAGUAAAUCUUGGUGUGACUAAAAUUUUCAGGGUUGAUGGGUUACCUUAAAAGUUAAUUUCCUGAAGCAGCUGUUUAAAAUUGAAAAUCUGAGUUAAGCCUAACUUUAGGAAAUAAGAUUUUAUAAUCCUUUCCUUUGCAGAUUUUUUACUUUAAAACUGUCAAAGACCCUUUAAGGAUAUAACAAGUAUUUCAGUAAAUUUGAAUGAACUAAAAUGUAUAGGUACCUUUGCACUUAAUGUAUUAAUCAUAUAAAAUUUCACUGCAAGGUCCUUUUUGCUUAGUUUGAAGGAAAAAAAAAGUUCAAAUUUCUGCUUAAUGCCUGUUUUUCUGAGUUUCUUGAAAUAUCUUUAUAAAAGACACUUCUUCUCUCCAUACAAAUUGAGUGUUACCAUUAAGGAAACCCUUAUGAAUCCUGAAAGUUAUGCUAGCAUGAUUUUUUUUAUAUAUAGAAGUUUAAAAAUAAACCAAGUCAGGUUUGUAUAUGUAAAAUUGUUGACAUCAAUGAUGUCUUUCCAUAUUCUUAUCUGGGCUUAAGAAAUACAUUCUGUAUUUUUCCAGAUUCUUUGUAGCCUUUGAAAGAUUUUUACAGUACCUAUGUCUUGACUGAGCUGUCCUUUCUUAAUACAAAAGCUUGUAUAAUUUUCUUAACUGUACAGUUGGUCAACUUUUAUGAAAGGAAUUGAUAUUCUGAGUCUGUCAGCUUCCAUUUUAUUUUGCUAAGGUUUUUCUAAUGAAUUUUUAAGUGUUUGUGUAGUAACUAAGUCAUGUUUCUUAUCCAGGUGGUAAAGGCAUUCAUAAGAUUGUGAAAAUUUGUUUUUUCAAUUUCUACUUAAGGAAAAAUAGUUUGAGAAUUCUGAAAUUAAGCAUGAUACUUAGAUUGCAGAGUUUGUUUUGCAUUUACUAUAAUUUUCAAAGUUAUUUUUGAAACAAAAGUUUAAUGCUAGUUUAAGUGUUUAAUUGUAUCAUGCUGACCAGAAUUCUGUUCAGUUAUUUUUAUAUACAUUAUAAAAUUUCCCAUUUUUGCAUUAAAUAGAGGGGAAAAGCUCAAGCAAGUGAUAUCUAGAUAUUGGUGCACACAAGGAGUAACCGUUGGCAAGCAACAAUAUUGAUUUAUGUGGAUAAAGUGAUGAGGUUAGAAAAGUUUUCAGACUUUACCAGUUACAGUCCGCCUUUUCAGAAGUGAUGGUGUAUUUCCAAAAUGAAAACCUGAAGUCUUUAUAAAUGCAGACUUAAAAUAAUUUUAACACAGCAACCACUGCUCUGUGUGAUUACAAAUAGGAUUAUCCAUUAGUGUAGCCUUGCAAGAGUGCUAUUUUAUUUUCAGUGCAAAAUUCUUGUUAAAAAAUGUAGUUUUAUACAGCUGAUAGACCAACCUAUGCCCAAACUUUUAUAAAAGAUUAUUAACUAUUCUUGUUUUUAUCACACAGGCAUACACCAGGUGCUUCUAUCAGUUCAUUUUCACCCAUCAGUUCAAGAGCCAAUGCCUUUUUAAAAUAAAUCACCUGUGGUCUGUUUUUAAUGGCUCAACUGCCUAAUACACUUGGGUAGAGGCUUGCACUGAGACAUUAUGGUCUAGGCCUUAUCCUCAUAAAGUAUUACUACUCAUAUAUGUUCAAAUUGUUUUCCUUCACCAAUGUGAACAACUUUUUUCCCCAAACAGUAUUAAAAGCCACUUUACAACUCUUGACUUCAUAUGAUGUACAUUCACGUAUCCAAGAAAAUCAAAGUUUUGGGUGGAAGUGUUUCAGAAGCCUGAGUUUUUUUUAUUUUUGUUUUGUUCUACCUAAAAUAUUAAUUUAUCCAGAAUGGCAGUAGCUUUAGCAGAUGGUCACAAUCCAUUUUCUAAAUGAGAUUUUUUAAAGUCCAAAGUAUUCUAGCUCCUUAUCAAUGAUUUGUAGAAAUGUUUCAGAAGAAUGGUGGUGCUGUGUUUUUUUUAAUUGUUGCAAUAUUAGAGAGGCCAUUUUUACCUCUUUUAAAAGAUAGAUUUUGUUUGCUGGUUUGUGAAGUUCUUGUGGACUUGUAUUACAGGAACAUUUCAGGUAAAUUCUCCAGCAUGUUUGCAAAUACGGCACAUGUAUACAUGUUUGGACAUUUUACUUUUCUUAUCUUUUUAAAGUAUGCCUAAUGAAAGACAUUCCACUAUUAUAAUACAUAAUGCUCAGCUUUUCAUAAAUACUCAGUUGUAUUUUGUGUUUAUACAGGUUUUUCACACAGUACUUUGUUCUUCAUAAUGCAGCCACUAUAACUUGAUAAGUCAUUGCACUACUUUAAAAUUUUAGUAAUAUCAUGAGUUUAAUUUGCUUAAGAUUUAGUACGUGUCAUUACUCUUGAACUCUUGACAAAUUGCAUUGGGAAAAGAAGCCUUUGUUAAUAGUUACUUAGUCUCCCUCACCCCAUCCUUACCCCCAGCAAAGCACUAUCAUUUUCAUUUGGAAUGAUAUUCAGUUUCAUGAUGUGUUUUCAAAUAGAAUUAAGAAUCUGCACCUCAGUUCAAUACAACUCUGUUGAGCUAUAAAUCAUAUUUGAAGUAAUAUUUAAAUAGGCAUUUAAAAUUAUGAAUUAGAUGUUUUUAAAUUUAUGCAUACUAAUUUUGCACUGUAAAAUAAUUCCCUUCUCCCAGUUCCCUUUCUGCCAUUCUGAAUAUGCUUAUUAAAAUAUUUUUUUAAACAUAUUUGUCUACAUAAUGCUGUGCGAAUGAUUUUCAUUAGCUUUAUUGAGUAGAUUUUAGUUACAGAUUUCAAGUUUGUAUGAUGAACAUUGUUCACAAUGCAAAUAUAUAUAACCUCUUUUGCUUUUAAAACUCCUAAACAUACUGCAUAAAAUUGUUUUUUUAGUGUUUCCUGGUCCCCUUUACCUUAUCUUGGGUGAUAUGUUUUUGUCUUUUUUUUUUUUUUUUAAUUCCCCAGAAAGAUCCUUCAGUCUAUGAAUCUCUGUUCACCUUGCCUUUCUUUCUCUGCAUUAUAUAAUUAAAAUAAAUUGUUUAUUUUGCAGUGCAGUUCAUAUCACAUAAUAUUUUGCAGGAACCUUGUUUUGUCACCUAUUUGCUGUCAACGGAAAAUUAGGAGUGGGCACUUAGUAACUGAGGGUUGGUUAAUUUCCUUAAGCAGUAGUUAGAUGUAGACUGGUGACCCUGGGAGUGUUAAAUAGUUCUAUGUCACUACUAAAUACCAUAUGAGAGAUACUGAGGUUUCCUCCCCCCCAAAAUUUUUUUUUUUGUGAAAAAUGCCAGUGUGGAAAAACAGCAUGAGGAGGAACAAAGAAUUUCCAGUUUUAACUUUUUAUUCUAUCUCUAAAAAUGACUUCCUUUUGGAUCCCAUGAUUCUACUGUUUAAAUUUUUUACUGUAAAACCAACUGUGCUCUUAAUAAUCAGCCUGCUUGUUCAUCCUUUGCAAAAUCUUAGCCCAAGUUAGACUAACUUCAUGUAUUUGAAUAUCUGGCUUAACCGUUUUCUUCUAAUACCGGUUUUUCAUAACCUCAUAAUACACCUUCAGUAUUGUGCUGACAUCUUUUGACAACUGUAUGGACAUGGAGUUUUUGCUUUUCUGAAUGUGAUUUUUUUUUUUUUUUUUUUAACCUUAUCUUUAUGCUAGAUCCUCUGACUUGUUUGGGAUGUAUAAUAUACUAAAAUGUCUGUCUGCUUGCUCCAAGUAAGGAGUGAUUUUGAACACACUUUUAAAGGCUUCCUGUUCUGUGAAGACCAUUGAAGACUUGCCAUAUAAACAGGAGCUGAAUUCUAAUUCUCCUUUGUCCAAACUGACGAACACUUCUUUACAUGUAACUGGUAGUGACAGGUUUUGAUCAUGUUGCCAUAUCUACUGUAUUAUCCAGCAAGUACUUGGACCUAUACUUGUGCCAGGUACCUUGUUUGGCUUGUGACAGGUACUCUUUAAGGAGGUAUUAACAGAUAAGCACAGUGGUAUAUAUUGAGUUUACCAAACACCAAACCUGUUGCCAUCGAGUCCACUCUAACUCGUAGCGAACCUACAGGACCGUAGAACUGCCCCAUAGGGUUUCCAAGGCUGUAAAUCUUCAGUAAAGCAGACUGCUACAUCUUUCUCCUGCAGAGUGGCUGAUGGAUUCUAACUGCUGAUCUUUUGGUUAGCAGCCAAGCACUUAAUGACUGAGCCACCAGGGUGCCAUAAACUGUGUGCAAAAACCAAACCAAACCCAGUGCUGUUGAGGUGAUUCCGCGUCAUAGCAACCCUAUAGGACAGAGUAGAAUUGCCCCAUAGAGUUUCCAAGGAGCGCCUGGCAGAUUUGAACUGCUGACCCUUUGGUUAGCAGCCAUAGGCCCUAUGCCACCAGGGUUUCCAAACUGAGUAUUCAAAAGAGUAUAGAGAGGGCAAAAGUAAAGGAUGAGUAGGCAUGAUCUCUGGGAAAUAAGAGUUCAGCUGCCUUUUUGCCGUAUAAUUCUAGCUAAGUAAGAUUUCCCUCAAACUUAAUUUUUCUUAGAAACGAACCAAUGUGGAAUAAGUAUAUGAUACACCUAAGAAACAGGGAUUAUUAAAAUUUACUGUGGGCUGACCAUAACGUAACAGCUGUGGAUUAUUCAGGACUCCCCUUGUUCCUGUCAUGCAUUGUCUAGAGAGCAUACUGUAAGGGGGAGAGUCUGAUUUUCUAAAGGUUGACAGAGAUGAGGCCUAAUGAUGUGGUUAUGAAACAAACUCACCAUUUGGCUGUUUUCAUUACUGGUAACAUGAAUGGUUGAAUAUAGAGUUGGCUCAAUGUGUCUUUCUGCACACCAACUGGAACUUAAGUUUAUGGAGUAAGUUCAGGUAGCUCCGAAAUAAAUGGUUUCGUUCUCUUUGGAAGAAGGUGGACUUUGGAUUAAUUGGAAUACUUAAACUUUUAGAGAUGUGGGCCGUGAAAUGGGGGUGAUUUCUUCCAGAAACUGAAGAUCAAACAGAAAAUGGCAUCAGAGUAGACUAACCUGAGCCUUUUUAGAUUCCUUACGAGAAAAUCCAGGUUUAGGUGAAGAGCUUGCUCUAAAGAGGGACUUAGCCUUUCCUUGUCAGCAGCUUUAGCUGAGUGAACCUGAGAAACCAGUUCUGGGCGGGAGCUAGUUAACAGUGCUGCCAGUCAUUCUGAGUAUGCUCUUUUCAGGUUUCUAUCUUUAAAUACGCCAUUAAUCCCUUUUGAGUACCAGUGUUCAGGUGAUGGCAAUGGUGUCUGGUGGCUCUGAGCUCAUACAGCCUGAAUUGUGAACUUCAUGGACGUGUUUGUGUGGCUUCUUUGGUACCUUGCUAUCUGCAUUUGCCUCCAGUGUUUCGUAGAUGGAAAAAAAAGUGUUUGCCGUCAAGUCAAUUUCAACUCAUAGUGACCCUAUCAGACAGUAGAACUGCCCCAUAGGGUUUCCAAGGAGUGCCUGCUGGAUUCCAACUGCCGACCUUUUGGUUAGCAGCUGAGCUUUUAACCACUACUCCACCGGGGUUUCCAGUUUUGUAGAUAGAUGUUUGCCGCCUUAAAAAGCACCUCAGGAUCCAAAACUUAUUUAAAAAAAUCACCGUCAUUUCUUCCACACCUAAGUCUGUGAAAAUUCUUACCCACUACACUCAAACCUGAUGAAGUGUAGAUUUAAAUCUAAGACAGCCUAACUCCAAAAUCCAUACUCAAACAUCAUACUGUACUGCUUGUUCUAGGCAGCUGCAGACCCGGGAGCAAAGGUAAGCCUUACAGGAAUGCAGAUGGGUAUUUUCUAUCAAGUUUCUCACAGUCACUACUGCCCAACAGUGGAAACCUGUCUGUGCCUGUUUCGACCUAAAGUAAGGAUAACAGGACUGACUUUAAAGGAUUGUUUUGAUUAAAAUGUGUCAGUGCAUUGUACGCCAUCCUGUCGAUUCUGACUCACAAUGAACCCUGCAUGUUAGGUGGUAAGAAAAAAUGCCUAGCAUGUGGUAAAUGGUCAAUACAUUUUUACUGUGGUAGAUCAGCCACUGUUUCAUUGCUAUGCUUCAAGUAUAACCCUUUGGGAAAACGCUUGGGAAUCUAACGACCUUAAAAAUGUUCACACUUUGGUCUCUUGAAGACAAUAGAUUUAGGGGAAAAAAGACAUUGACUAGCUUCACCUACAAAGGAAAAAUAGAAGCCGACUUCAUUUUCACCUGUAAAAGUUUUCAGUUAAGUGAAAUCUUUUCUUCCGUGUUUCCAACUACUACGCGUCAUUUCUCUCUUGGACUUGAACUACAGCCUUCUCUAUCCAAUGUACCUACCUUCAGCCCUGCCCUUUCCUGGAUCCCCACCUGACGGUAAUCCAUAUCCCAAGUGAUCUUGUUAAGGGCGGAUCAACUCAAGAGCCACACUGGUAGCCAGUGGGCCAAAUCUGACUGGCAGAUUUGUAUUUUAAACAAGUUUUAAUCUGAAUGCCUUUGGGCGGGCGUGCACCACAAACUCUACCACUUAGUGUUGUUUAUUGAUUGCAUUCUUUAGGAUUCAGUCUUUACCUCCCCUGGUCCCUGUAAGAUAGGUGAAUUUGCCAAACCCUGGCCUACAGUAAGAGCCCUGGUGACACAAUGGUUAAGAGCUUGGCUGCUAACCAAAAGGUUUUGAAUCCACCAGUUCUUCCCUGGAAAUCCUAUGGGGCAGUUCUACCCUGUUCUACAGGGUCGCCAUGAGGUGGACUGGACGGCAACAGGCUUGUGUGUGGUUUUUUUUUUUUUGGUUGGGCUAAAUGUACAAUCCUAAUACUGCACCUGGUGUGAUCUUCCCAAAAUGUGGACAAGGUCAUACUUCUGUCUUGCUCUGUUAAAACAAAAGUGGCUUAUUAAUUGGCUACUAUCGGUUUAGACUUACUCAUUCAACAAAUCUUUAUUGCUUAACCUACAAUGUGCCGAGCUCUGUUCUAAGUACCAGAGAUACUGCAGUGAACAGAACAUACCAAAAUCUCUGCCCUCAAAAAGCUUAGAUUUGAUUAGAAGAGACAGUAAGUAAACAAUAUGGUGCCAGAAGACACUGUUCGGAGAUGAAGGCGAGUGGGCGCCGUGUGGUGAGGGCAGAGUGCUGUUCCACACAGAGUGGUCAGUGAAGACCCAGAGAUAAGGGCGUGUGCUGUGAAGUUAUCAGAGGGGAUGCAUUCCAGGCAAAGGGAAAAGUUGGAGGGCUGUCCCCAACAUCUCAGCCAAAUUCUAGUUUCCCUUCAAAAAUCCACCUCAAAAAAAAGCCUUUCUUACCAUCCCAGAUAGAAUGAAACACUUCCUCAAAUGUGUUUCAUGAUUCUGUCAUCUUUUGUGGACAUAGUCCUUUAAAAACAUCCAUUGUAUACAGGGGAGGUCAGCACAAUUGGACUAAACCAAAAGCAAAGAAGUUUCCUGAAUAAACAAUGCUUCGAAGGCCAGCGUAGCAGGGGUCUGGGGACCAUGGUUUCAGGGGACAUCUAAGUCAACUGGCAUAAUAAAAUCUAUUAAGAAAACAUUCUGCAUCCCACUUUGAAGAGUGGCGUCUGGGGUCUUAAACGCUAGCAAGAAGCCAUCUAAGAUGCAUCAAUUGGUCUCAACCCACCUGGAUCAAAGGAGAAUGAAGAACACCAAGGACACAAGGCGAUUACGAGCCCAAGGGACAGAAAGGGCCACAUGAACCAGCGACUACAUCCUGAGACCAGAAGAACUAGAUGGUGCCCAGCUACAUCUGAUGACUGCCCUGACAGGGAACACAACAGAAAACCCGAAGGAGCAGGAGAGCAGUGGGAUGCAGACCCCAAACUCUCAUAAGACCAGACUUCAUUUAUGAAACAGACUUAAUGGUCUGACUGAGACUAGAAGGACCCCGGUGGUCAUGGCCCCCAGACCUUCUGUUGGCCCAGCAUAGGAACCAUUCUCGAAGCCAACUCUUCAGACAUAGAUUGGACUGGACAAUGGGAUGGAGAGGGAUGCUGAUGAGGUGGACACUUGAGACUAUGUUGGCAUCUCCCACCUGGAGGGGAGAUGAGAGGAUGGGGGGGGUUAGAAGCUGGCAAAAUGGACACGAGAGAGUGGAGGGAGAAAGCGGGCUGUCUCAUUGGGGAAGAGUAAUUGGGAGUGUGUAGCAGGGUGUAUACGGGUUUUUGUGUGAGAGACUGACUUGAUUUGUAAACUUUCACUUAAAGCACAAUAAAAAUUAUUAAAAAAAAAAAAAAAAAGUCCAUCAUACCUGGAGGAUAAGUAGGCAUGAUGAGAAGCUCUUGAUGAAACCCUCCCCCUGCGUUCUAACAAGGAUGCUAUCUGGAAUGUAUCCUUUGGAAUGAAAAGGGUUUUGAACUCAAAGUCCAGAGUUGAAUUUCUCAGUGAGGUUGAAUAAAUCCUUUAGCCUUGCUUAAGGCCACUGCAUCAGUAAAGUAUGGUGAUGGUGAAGGCCUAAAUCAGUGAAAGGCACAUAGUAAGCCCUCAGGAAAAAACUUUCCCUCAAGGCAAAGCAAACUGCUCCAUGUAUCCAUCAUCGGCAGCUCUUGCCACAAGAGGGCAGCAUCAGCACGGCUGAAAAGGCUUGGCUGCUUUACCUCCUCAGAUUCAACCAGCCACCAGUUUAACACUAAGCUUUAAUACCGUACUUUGUGAACUUUAAGAAUAGCAUUAGACAGACAUGAAAUGGUGAUGUGUCUGGUACCACCAAGUCUAUUCAGGUGGACUAGGAGAAACAAAAGAACCCACUGUGAUGGUUAAGAGCAAAAGUCUUUUGAGUCAAGACAAUGGGAUUUGAAUGUGGGUUCCAUGACCACACUGAGCAGUUUUACCUCACUGAGCUUCAUCUAUGAAACAGAUGUGCCAGGCUCUGCUAGACGCUGGGUGCUGGCCCAAUAAGUUCAGUCUGGCUUAAUGGAUGAAUAAGUGAUAGGGCCCAAGUGAUGAGAGAUACAGGGAUGAAGAAUUGGGGGUACCUGGUAACUGCUGAACUGUUUAGGGUACACAAAGGCCCAACUCUGUGCUCUGCUCCUCUUGGCAAUACCUCUUCUAUGGCUUUCCCUAAUACUGGCAACUCUGUGCUGCAAGGAAGCCAAGCGAGACAAGAAACUAGCCAAGGGCCGAAUAAAAGAGAACACAUACCUUUAACAAAUUAGACAAAAAGCCAGACUCUAAGAGGAUUUUUUAAAGUUGAAUAAAAUAAUCAACUCAAUGGCAGUGGGUUUGGUUUUGGUGAGCAUAUUUUAUUUGGGGGUUAUUUCCUAGUAAAGCUACUCAGAGGCUUAGAAAGCUUUUUAUGUACAUGACAUAUCCUGAAAGCAGAAAGGUUAGCAUUUCUUUCCUUCUAAUUUACCACAAGUAUGCCCAGGACACUGGAUGUUUAUUCAUAAGUGCUAUUUAUGCAAAGUAUUUGUAUGGCAAACUGCUUUCUCUAUUACUGUAGCUCAACUAAUAGUGCAGCCUCUUGAAGAUGAGCUGAUUUGUGACUCUUGAUUGUUUCUGUAGGCACUUCACUUAGAAAGAAAUUUUAAUACACGUUUUCAGGAAAAAGUAUUUAUUUGACGCCUUUACAAAAAUAGUUAGGCACAUAAUUUUCAUUUUUCUGUCACCUGAUUUACAUAUCUCAAUUAUCAGUACCUUUUUAAAAAACACUAAAAUGGUCUUUUGGCAAGACUCUAUAUUGAAAAAAUACUGUGAGAGGCCAACAUUUGUAGACAAAAUCAGUUGAUCAUCAGCAUGAGAAAGGAAAUAUUUACAAAUGUCUAAAAACAUUUUUGCAAGACAAUAAAUCUAACCAGAUUUCUUUUUAAAAAGUAUUAAAAAAAAAAAAAAAAGGUCUUAGAAA